AUGGCUUACGAGACCUAUCGCUACGGCACACCGCGCUUCAUGGACGAUAGCGUCUAUCGCUCCGGGUCCUCCGUAUCUUCAUCAGGCUCAAUCACAAGAGAUCCUCGCAACCCACGGACACCCUACAUCUCUUCACCGCGACCCGAAUACCGCCAAAUCGCCGUGGACGAACACGGAAUGGCCAUCGAUCCUCGUCGACAAUACGAGGACAGCUUGUAUCAACCGCACGGCCAAAUGUCUCGAUCAUAUCGCGAUGAACAACGACGACGGCAAGCACGCCUAAAACUCCAAGGUUUUUCUCGACGAUUUCUAAUUUGA